CGGCACCUUCCGGUGUCCUUCCCGGCGGCGCGGCGCGGCCAUGGCGCAGAACCUGAAGGACCUGGCGGGGCGGCUGCCGGCCGGGCCGCGGGGCGUCGGCACCGCCCUCAAGCUGCUGCUGGGCGCCGGCGCCCUGGCCUACGGCGUCCGUGAGUCCGUCUUCAUCGUGGAAGGCGGCCAGCGGGCCAUCUUCUUCAACCGCAUCGGCGGCGUCCAGCAGGACACCAUCCUCGCCGAGGGGCUGCACUUCAGGAUCCCCUGGUUCCAGUACCCCAUCAUCUACGACAUCCGAGCCCGGCCAAGGAAAAUCUCCUCCCCCACCGGUUCCAAAGAUUUGCAGAUGGUGAACAUUUCCCUGCGUGUUCUCACCCGCCCCAAUGCUGCAGAGCUGCCCAGCAUGUACCAGCGCCUGGGCCUGGACUACGAGGAGAGAGUCCUGCCUUCCAUCGUUAACGAAGUGCUCAAGAGCGUGGUAGCCAAGUUCAACGCUUCCCAGCUCAUCACUCAGAGAGCCCAGGUGUCUCUGCUCAUUAGGAGAGAACUGACAGAACGAGCCAAGGAUUUCAGCCUCAUCCUGGACGACGUGGCUAUCACAGAGCUGAGUUUCAGUCGGGAGUACACAGCAGCUGUGGAGGCAAAGCAAGUGGCCCAGCAGGAGGCACAGCGCGCACAGUUUCUGGUGGAGAAGGCCAAGCAGGAGCAGAAGCAGAAGAUUGUUCAAGCUGAAGGGGAAGCUACAGCUGCCAAGAUGCUCGGUGAAGCUCUUAGCAGGAAUCCAGGCUACAUCAAGCUACGUAAGAUCCGAGCUGCUCAGAACAUCUCGAAAACGAUUGCUGCCUCGCAAAACCGCGUGUAUCUCACAGCGGAUAACCUGGUACUGAACCUGCAGGACGAGGGAUUCACCAGAGGAAGUGACAGUCUCCUACUCAAGCAAGGGAAGAAAUGAAAGAGGUUGAAGCCUCCUAGAAGGGCCGGCGCUGAGCAGCAGAAGCGAUGAGUGAGGAGCUUGGAACUCCCUCCGCUAGCAAUGGUUGCCCUCACUUUGAAGUUGUUACUCCAGUAGUAGCCAGAUUUGGUCCCCAUGCCCCUGCUCCAUCCGUGGUGAUCCAGUUAUGGGAUUGGGCUCUGCCACUAGGCAGCUGGAAUCCCUUCCUCGCCCCACCAGUUCAAUUUGGGGUGGGGGCAAGGGUGCUUACUGGUAUUAACUCAUGUGGAUAUAGUAAUUCACCUCUAACCUUCAUUAAUCUCUAGAUUUUUGUAGGGUAAAAUCAGAAUAUUUGUUUGGCCAAGCUCGGGAGUUCUGCUGUCAUCAGCACCAGGCUUUUGGGGUUUUUUUCUAGUAAAUUUCAUUUCUCUUUUACUCUUGAUCCCAAGAGAAGCUGGGACUCAAUUCAGGAAAACGUCAUUCAUUGGGUGCCUGUCACUGCUGGAAUAUGUGUCACUGUCUGCUCAGUGAUUCUUUCGAACAUUUGUAAGAAUUAAAACCUCCAAAAUUUA